UUAAAAUACCAAAAGUUUAGGCAUGGCUGGGAUGGAAGAUCCAAAUUCUCCAUCACCAGGAAGCUCUAUGCAUGGCGUCACCGGAAAAGAACAGACCUUCGCCUUCUCCGUCGGCGAAGACCCCUCGGUCCCCACAGACACUAGUGCCAAGUUUUCAUUGCCCGUUGACUCAGAACACAAAGCCAAGUCUUUUAAGAUCUUCUCGUUUGCCAAUCCGCACAUGAGAACUUUCCAUCUUUCUUGGAUAUCCUUCUUCACGUGUUUCAUCUCCACGUUCGCCGCCGCCCCUCUCGUUCCGAUCAUCCGGGACAACCUCAACCUGAAGAAAUCCGACAUCGGAAAUGCGGGUAUAGCCUCAGUUUCCGGCAGCAUUUUCUCUAGGCUAGUCAUGGGCGCGGUCUGUGAUUUACUAGGGCCGCGUUACGGCUGCGCUUUCUUGCUAAUGCUGUCCGCUCCCACCGUGUUUUGCAUGCCGUUGGUGUCAUCUGCCGGCGGCUACGUGGCGGUCAGGUUCAUGAUCGGUUUUUCGUUGGCAACCUUCGUGUCGUGCCAGUACUGGAUGAGUACCAUGUUCAACGGAAAGAUCAUUGGGGUGGUGAACGGCACAGCCGCGGGAUGGGGAAAUAUGGGAGGCGGAGUUACUCAGCUGCUUAUGCCGCUGCUAUACGAGCUGAUCCGCCGUGCCGGAGCCACCCCUUUCACGGCGUGGCGUAUAGCGUUUUUUAUCCCGGGGUGGUUGCAUGUUACGAUGGGGAUUCUCGUUUUGGUGUUAGGUCAAGAUUUACCCGACGGCAAUCUAGAUAUGCUACAAAAGAAAGGUGACGUUCCCAAAGAUAAAUUUUCAAAGGUGUUGUGGUAUGGUGUGACCAACUACAGAACAUGGAUUUUUGUUCUUCUUUAUGGGAUGUCUUUAGGCGUGGAAUUAACAACAGAUAAUGUUAUUGCGGAAUACUUUUUCGACAGGUUUGAUCUGAAGCUUCAUACGGCCGGCACAAUAGCGGCGACAUUUGGGAUGGCCAACAUAGUUGCGAGACCAUGGGGCGGACUGAUGUCGGACAUAGCGGCACGGCGGUUCGGCAUGAGGGGCCGCCUGUGGAACCUAUGGAUCCUCCAGACCCUCGGCGGUGUCUUCUGCAUAUGCCUCGGCCGAGCCGACACUCUCCCCAUAUCCAUCCUCACCAUGAUCCUCUUCUCCAUCGGCGCUCAGGCUGCUUGCGGCGCCACUUUCGGCAUCAUCCCUUUCAUUUCCCGGCGAUCACUCGGCGUCAUCUCAGGCCUAACUGGGGCCGGAGGGAAUUUCGGCUCGGGACUCACUCAGCUUCUGUUUUUCACUCACUCAAGUUAUUCAACCGCCACGGGGUUAUCGUAUAUGGGGAUUAUGAUCGUGGUUUGUACACUUCCUACGGCGUUGGUGCAUUUUCCACAAUGGGGAAGCAUGCUGUUGCCGCCUUCUAAAAAUGUUUAUAAAUAUAAUGAAGUGUAUUACUACGGUUUGGAGUGGGACGAGGAGGAGAAGUCCCGAGGAUUGCACCAUGGCAGCCUCAAGUUCGCCGAGAACAGCCAGUCGGAGAGAGGCAGGCGGGUCGCUUCUUCUGCGUCGCCUCUGCCGGCGUAGACGU